UUGCAGAUGGUUAGGUGGUACUUGGAUGAUGAUGAUGAGGAUGAUGAUUAUGAGGAAGAGCAUGAAGUUGAUAUGCUUAAGCCAGAGAGAUUGCUUCAUAGAACAGAUCGAGGUGCUGGAUGGAAUCAUGUUCAGCAGCUUAUGCACGGGUCAGAUCAACAGUGUUAUGAUAUUCUUCGCAUGAAUCAGAGGACAUUUCAAGAUCUGUGUAAAAUGUUAGCAACGAGAUAUGGGUUACAAGAGACGUAAAAUGUCUAUAUUGAAGAAGCGGUUGCAAUGUUCCUUGAAGUGGUGGGCCAAGAUAAGACAAUGCACUAAAACCAGAAGAUGGUGAGUUCACAAGAGUAUGUCCUGCUUUGAGAAAUGAUGAUCGAUACUGGCCAUUUUUUAAAGACUGUAUUGGAGCAUUGGAUGGAACUCAUAUCUCAGUCCGCCCUCCUAAGCGAAAUGCAGAAGUAUACAGGGGCAGAAAACAGGAGCCAACCAUGAAUGUCCUUGCUAUAUGUAACUUUGAUAUGAAGUUCAUAUAUGCUUAUGUGGGUGUGCCGGGUAGAGCCCAUGACACAAAGGUAUUAACUUAUUGUGCAAGGAAUGAGCCUUUUUUUCCACAUCCGCCAAAUGGAAAUUAUUAUUUGGUUGAUGCUGGAUAUCCCACAAGAACAAGGUAUCUUGGUCCGUAUCGUAGAGUUCGAUAUCAUCUCGAUCAGUUCAACAGAGGAGGACCACCAACGAACACUCGAGAGGUGUUCAACCGGAGACAUUCAAGCUUGCGAUCAGUGAUUGAGCGGACAUUUGGAGUGUGGAAAGCAAAAUGGAGAAUUCUUGACCGUAGGCAUCCAAAAUAUGGUUUGAUCAAAUGGAUAAAGCUAGUGACGGCAACGAUGGCUCUACACAACUUCAUACGUGAUUUACAUCGAGAAGAUAAUGAUUUUGUGCAUUGGCAAAGAAGAGAAGAAUAUCAUACUCAUGGUGAUAAUGAUGAAGAAGAAAGAGAUGAAGAGGAAGAUGAAGAAGAAGAAGAAGAAGAAGAAGAAGAAGAGGGUGAUGGUCAUGGUGGACAUAUUCCAUAUGAGCCAACUGGUGAUAGAGCCAUGGAAGGUUUACGUGAUCAUAUUGGUAAUGAGUUGAGUAGAGGAUAUCGAUUACCUUACUAGUUUAUUUGAUUUGAGUUUGUACUGAUUAUUAUUAUAAGUUACUCGUAUGAUCACUUUUUUUAUUAUUUAGACUUUUUCAAUAUUCUAAGUUACAAGGAAUAAUAUUCAAGUGUAAACUU